AUGACAGUCUUUAAAAUUGAUAAUAUACCAGAUUUUUCCAAAAAGGACCGUAUAGUGGUUGUAGGAGUGAUCGGGAAGUCUCCUUACCGGUACCCUAAUAAGACUACUCCCCUCCUGCCUUCAGUAAACAGUGAUGAGAAUGGUAUUGAAUGCCACUGGGAUGAGAGGCGCAGUGUCCUGUAUCUACAUGCUGUCACCUAUUUAGACACAAAACAACUGACCAAGCUUGCAGAAAAUCUAGACGAAAACUCUAAAAGCACCGAGAAAGAUGCUGAUGCUGCACAUUGGCUCGUGGCCGCGGGGGAACUUGCAGCAGACUCUUGUAGAACGAUUGCUCUUUUAUUCCACUUGUGUCACAUAGUGGUGUUAUCACAUCCCACUCCAGUGUUCGACCUGGGGUACUUGCAGCUUUUUAAAGCAAUAGAUGCAUAUAGUGACAACACAAAAGAACACUCGUCAGGCGUACGUUACAUAAGCGCAUGCAACUGCGGUCGUACGAAGUGUUCCCGCGAAGACCCGUAUACGGUGAAACGCGCCAAUUACACGUUCUACAUACAAGCGGCCGAGGAAUGCGGCGUCUGUCCGUCACUGCUCACCGUCGAGUUCCCUGUGUUCCAGCCCUCAACGCCCACUUACAAGGAGGCGUCAGUGAAAGGCGAAGGCGGGCGAGAGACACAAGACAAGACUCCGCCAGGUUCCCAAGAGGACCCGGCCGAACCGGAACCGGAUGCUGACGGGGAUGGGGACGGGGAAGGAGAGGGGGAGGGGGAGGGCCCAUGGUCCGUGGUGGAUGCGCUGUCCCCGGGCUCGGCGAGGGAUGAAGACAACUCCCCCGCUUCUGAUGGAUACGUUGUGCCUGUAAGGGGAGAAUCUACGCAAGAGAAAGUCAUAACCCGUCAGCCGUCUACAACGGAGUAUCUGCCGGGAAUGCUUCACACUACCAGCCCGGCCGGUCUUCUGCCAGCCUUCCCUAGCUGGUCCCUUGUCUGUCUGGGGGCUUCCAGCCUCUACUCCCAUAGUGCUGGUCUUCCAGAGCAUCUGCAACCUGGGUUCUUACCGCAUACUAACUAUCUGCUGCCCUGGGACUGUGCCGUCAGGAUGGAGCAAGCGAGUUUGUUCCGUGCCCCGCGCGGUCGCGGCAAACCUUCCGGUGCUCACCACCUCACCGUCAAGAUAUUCAUCGGAUUCGAGUACGAGUGUUCGCGCGGACAUAGGUUCAUGAUGUCCUCCCCGGACACGGUAGUGAGCGGCGGUGCGUGCGGGCCGAGCGCCGGCGCGCGACUGGCGUCCGCCCGCAUGCCGCUGGGCGCGCCCUGCCCCUGCCGCGCCCCGCACGCCUCCACCUCCCCCCCUCAGACGCCCGCGCGGCUCCAGCGGCUACACGUCGUCACGCCCAAAGCGCCCGUACACGUGACUCUCCAACCGCAGGUGCAGCCGGUCCCGGGCGGGCCCAUAUUCGUGCCCCUCCCCUCCGGCUCGCCGCCCAUAAAGCUGUCCGCGUCGGCGUACUGGGUGUUGAGGUUCCCCCGCGUGUAUUGCGACGAGAGGGGGGUACUGCCCCGCCCCCGUCUCAACGCCUCCCCUUCCGCUGUGGGGCCGGCCCCACUCGCCGCCACUGGGACCUUGAUUCCCCCCAUAUUCGGAUUACAAGAUUAA